CGUUCCCCCUGCAGGCUUCCUUGGCCCAGACCGGAUCUAGUUGGCCAACUUCGGGUUAGGCUCCGAUGGUAAAGUACCUUGAGGUACCUACCGUGUUGGAAUGUGCAGCGAAAUGUCUGUCUGUCUGGCAGCGUCAUUCCGGGGGCACAUACUUCCUUGAUCCAGAUGAUAAAGUAUCAGCGGAUCCCCUCCGGGUCCUACCCCGAAUCCCUUCACCCCAAACCGACGCACUCAGAGUAGUUUCCGUUCUGUUUUGCCUCUUUUUUCUUUACACGGCGCCGGAACGAUACCUUCGUAUCGAUCAAUGGCGUGUGGCACCGUCGAGGCUGAGGUCGACUAUCUCCAGAGGCUCCCGCUUUACCAGCGAGAAAAGCCGUUCCAGCUCUUCGUGCCCAUUCACGAGCGCGACCAAGACGCACGCUCGACGAACCUCGCGUUCGAAAAAAAGACGCAGACAUUUGUCGACAUGCGGGGACGUACUGGCGAGUUCUCUCUGGACACGCACGGGUUCCAGGUCGAGACGGUUCCGAAGAAGCUUGCUCCGCAUUUCUUCAGAGACCGGGAGGUGGUCGAGAGGGAAUACUUGCCGGAGGUAGAAGGGCUUCUACGAGGCGUUGGGGGGGGCUGCGAUCGCGUUUUUAUCUUUGAUUGGAGGUUGCGUGAUGCAAGUGCGCCCCGUGAGGUUGAUGAUGGCGAGCUGGACAUGAACGAUCUGACAAGCUGGCUGCGACCUUCGCCGACGGUUCACGUGGACCAAAGCCCAGAAGGGGUCCUCCACCGGGUCCUGCUUCACCUCCCAGAAGAAGCGCCCUUUUUGUUGCAAGGAAGGGUAAGGGUCAUUAAUGUCUGGCGGCCGAUCGAGAACACCGUCCAGGAUUACCCGCUAGCAUGCUGCGACUCAAAGUCAGUUCUCGACGAGGACCUUGUUGAGUGUGACCAUGUCCGCAGACGGUUCAAGGGCUCCAAUCUCUACACGCACCACCGCGAAGGGCAUAAGUGGUAUUAUCUCGGCGAGCAGCGUCCGGAUGAGGUGCUGCUAAUCAAGAUGUUCGACUCGGACUCGAGCGUGGUCGCCCAACGAUGCCCGCAUGUCUCGUUCCGCCACCCUCUGGCACCGCCGGACGCAAAGCCGCGGAAGAGUAUCGAGGUCCGCGCCCUGGUCUUUGAUGACGCUCGCAACGCGGACCAACUACCAACUCCCGGGGCGCAAGGUCGAGGGCACGGGUCCUAACAAUCGCAUUUGUUUUUGGUUGUUUUUUUUGCGGCAAACUUUUACAUGGGCGGGCGGUUUGUUGUUAAGCUACUGUUUGCGGUGGGGGCAUGGUAGAUUGGUGCGACACAGCAUCUUACAAGACUAUCAGUGGUGUCGUGCAGGCUCAAAAUUGUAUGCGUUAAAAGAUACAAGGGAUGGAAAACAUUAAUCUCCAGUGGGUAAUUGGUCUAUCAAUUCCCCGAGAAACGAUGUGGAUACCCGUCCCAUAUCUUAGCAUCCAGUCACACUGCUGUAGUUGAACAAUUUCAUCCAAAAAUUCACCGGACGGGCCACAUUCCACUUUUGACCGGCUGGUGGAAAUCACUAAAGUUCCGGAACACUCACCCCAUAAGGCGGCCCCGGCCCCGCCCGGCGUCAGUAUAACGGCACGCUAAAAGCUACGGCGCUUGUACACUGCGCUGCAAUUGCAUGCUGCUGUACUUGACCACCUCCACAAGCCAGCAUUGAUUCCCUGAGCAAUCGUCAUCGUAGGUUGAGGCUUGACCUCAGAAUCCUCACCGCUGUCGUUGUUGUCAGCCUGCAGAGCCUAGAACGGUUUUGCCGAUGCUGAGGCCAGCGGCUACCUCAUCCGUAGUGUUACGCUGCGGCAUUUUUAUCAUAUUUUCGUUACGUCGCAGUGUGGGUGGUUGCUGUGCUGACGGUGCUCGCGUGCUCGCGUGCUCGGCCAAAGAGCACAGCUGUGCUGUUUCGUGUUAGGGACACCAAGCACAAUGCACCCAAAACCCACAUUCCAGAUUGGCCAUGUAUCCCCAGGUACCGUUUGCUGUCGGUAAGGGAUAUUUAUCUGAUUGGUUAGUGUUUUAUUUCAAAUAUGGGAACCAGAAGCCUUUGUCAGACCACCAUUUUUGCAUCCGUUCAGUCGAAAUACAAGCAAUUAUCGGACGAUAGCGGCCUCGCCCGGUCCGUCGUUAAGUGAAGUGGGGCCGUCCGGGCACUGCAGGGAUAUCUGUUCCGGCGCAUCUCGGAGCCUCCAAAACCUGUAGCAUGAUGGUCUCGCCGCUCAAACUCGUCCUUAAGGCUUCCCGUGUCGUCUCUUGCUAACGGAACUAAAACGGCGACGCAGGAAGAGCUUGCUAGUACGGGUACUAGUUGGCAUUAUAGGAUGCUUAAAUAUUAAUAGAGUAGACAAUCGUAGUAGAGUAAGACAAAGGCUAGUAUAACUAACUUAAGGACUACUUAAUGCUAUUAUACUGCAUUAGAUAAUAAAAUACAAUAGUAUAAUUAUCCUACUAAUAGCUUUAGUAUUAACUUUACCUCUUGC